AUGGCCUCGGUUGACUAGACAUAAUUCACCUUCAUAAAGCAUCGCCACUUCACAAAAAAGAGAAAACUUGAACAAAAACCAAGAAAUUACACUUACAUCAGUUCUGAGGCUAAGUUAUUGUUCCUCCAGCUCUUUUUAUUUGAAAGCUAUAAAAUCCAAGAUGCAGCCAACAAGGCUGGCAUAAAGUAUUCGUCGGCCAAGACAAUACUUUUUGCACACCGAAAAUCUUUUAAGAAUGAGUUGAUAAGAAAUAAAUUGGCCGCAAAUUCUAUAAAGGCCAAAUGUUGUGGAUACAAAGUUAAAUAAAGUGGAGAGCAGGAUAAUAUUCAAAUAAUUAGUAGAGUUGGAAUGUGA